AAGUGGUGGGGGGUGUAAACGUAAAACCGGUCUCUCAUCAGGAAACCCGGAGAAUAACCUUGAUCCUGAUCAGUUCAACACGGAAAAGCCUGCCAACCACCAGCAUCCAUGUCCGAGUUUGUGCCUGGUGAUAGCUAUGAGGAGUGUAGGGCCACAGCUGAUUGGCUGAUGUCCACCACACAGGUGCGGCCCACUGUGGGAAUAGUGUGUGGUUCUGGUCUCGGGGGGCUGGCCGGGAUUCUCAAGGACCCUGAGGUCAUCAAAUACAGCGAUAUACCUAACUUCCCCCGGAGCACAGUGCAUGGUCACGCAGGCCGGCUGGUGUUUGGAACACUAAAAGGGAAGCCGUGUGUUUGCAUGCAGGGCAGGUUCCACCUGUAUGAGGGCUACCCUGUCCAGAAGAUCACGUUGCCAAUGCGCGUCUUCAAGCUGAUGGGUGUUGAGACGAUGAUCUUCACCAACGCAGCCGGAGGCCUCAACCAGGACUACAAGGUGGGGGACGUCAUGAUCAUCAAAGACCACAUCAACAUGCCAGGGUUCGCUGGAGUCAACCCGCUGGGAGGACCAAAUGAUGAGAGGUUUGGAGUCCGUUUCCCCUGCAUGUCUGACGCCUAUGACCGCGAGCUGCGACAGAUGGCACAGGAUGUGGCAUCAGAGCUGGGCUACAGCGACUUCCUGAGGGAGGGGGUGUACGUCGUCCUGGGAGGGCCUUCUUUUGAAACCAUCGCUGAGUGUCGCAUGCUGCACAAGCUGGGGGCUGAUGCUGUCGGGAUGAGCACAGUCCAUGAGGUCAUCGUCGCGCGGCACGCAGGGAUGCGUUGCUUCGCCCUGUCCUUGAUAAGCAACCGAUCCGUGAUGGACUACGACAGCCAGGAGAGGGCCAACCACGAGGAAGUCCUGGAGACGGGCAGGCAGAGGGCCGAGCAGCUGGAGAAGCUGGUGGCCAACAUAGUGGCUCGGCUGGAGCAGAACAACAACUCCUACUGAAGCGUGUGACUAAAGAUAUCUGAACCUGGUACCCGGUCGGCUGUCCUUCCUGCGGCUCUCAACGUUUGCUUCAUAGAACGCAAAAAGAGUUUUAGAGUUUCACUGACUGUUACUUAAAGCCUGGGAGCUGUUCUAUUUAUACACUCCUCUAUCAGCAUGUUUACAUUUUCUUUUUGUACUUCUGAACAAUGCUGUCUGAAGAAUCCCUGCUGCCAUUUAUUGCACUAUGUUCAGCUGACUAGUGCUUGAGUGAAACAACAUAUUUUAACCUCUAAUUUAAGAAUUGGAGAAUAAAAUAUAAUAAAUAUUUAUUAAUGCGGUUCUUUUACAUUCCCUGUUGUCUAUUAACAAACCAUAGAAAUACAGAAAUAUUCUUAUUUUAUAGUUUAUCUAACAAACACAUCGCACCUGUCUCUGAGAUCCUUACAUAAGGUGAAAAUAAUACUGAGCUUUCUUUAGAAGAUGUAUAAACGGUAAAAAUAUUUAUACUGAAUGUAUUUAAGUAGUGUUUUUAUUUGCUGUGUUAAUAUUGAGAGUGUUUGAUGGACAGAGCUGAAGACAGAUUAUAUCCUGCAUGAGAUUACCAAAGUAAGCAGAUUUAAUUCCAAUCUCCCUCAAUGUCCGAUCACUGUGUAGCAGACUGGGUCUGUGCUUUAGAGGUACGGAUGAUUGUACAAACUGCAGAUCUUUUAUUUUACAAUAAAAUGAGUCAACAUGAAAACAA